AGAAAAACAAGGAUAGAAAGAGGAAGAAAGGCUUUGUGGGAAGGAGUUCAACAGAAUGCACAACCUAAUGGGCCACAUGCAUCUCCACUCGGACAGCAAACCCUUCAAGUGCCUCUACUGCCCCAGCAAGUUCACGUUGAAGGGCAACCUCACCAGACACAUGAAGGUCAAACACGGGGUCAUGGACAGAGGCCUGGAUGAAAAACUGUUUCAUCAGAGAGGGAGGUACUGCCUGUCCACACCGAUGGAGCUUCUCUCCCACUUCAGCCAAGAGGAGCCGUUUGACCUCUCGCAGAAAGCCCCGGGCCCGCCCGGUCGUCGCCUCUCCCAGUCGGAYGGCGAGAGCAUCCCGGGAAGCUCGGGUCAAGAGGAGGAUGAGGAGAGCUUGUACAGGAGGAGUCAGUACAGCCCCGAGGCGGACCAGCAAGAGCCAGGAGGCGAGGACCAGUACAGUCCUGAGGUGAAGCCCCAGGACCAGGUGCGCACUGACGAACUGAGGCCAGGCGGGAAAUACCAGAAAAGAUCAGCGGACGGAUCUUCUGAAGGGGAUGUGGCAGCAGAGAGACGAUCUGCAGGUCUGAGCGGAAACCAGGAGCRCCUCUCACAGUCGGAGACGUCGUGUGAAUCCGACGCAGAACCAGAUGAGGAACCUGAAACAGCCUGUAGACGGUCAUGUGACUACGACUCGGUUUCAGAAGAYCAGGAGCAGGAGCUAGACGAGCAGGAGCAAAGCAAACAGCAGCCGAAGGGAAACUAUGAGGCCAGUAAUGUCGCAAACAGGCUGAGGAGCUGAAGAGAAAGAGGUCAAAAAACUAAGAAUUUAUAGGUUUUAAGAAAAUCAGCGAGACUGAAUCUGACUGAGAAAUUUCAAGGAAUGCAGAUUUCAGGGAUUUUUAAAAAAAAUUCAGAGAGGAUAUUCAGGAGAUAUGUUAGAAAACAAAAUGUGUAGCUCUAAAAGACAGGGUUAAAAUGAUGGAUUGUUGUGUAGCAAAACAAAUCAUAUAGUGUUAAUACAAACAAAUCAAAAACACAAAAAUGAAAGCUAAAAGCUGUGAAAGCACAUUUAA